AUGAACGAAUGGUUUCAAUUUCAAGUUUUUAAUAUGAAAAGCGAAAUUGGAAUCAAUAGAAAUAUCACACACAGGGCUUUAUGGGACCGUAUGGCAGACCUGGAAGAAAAUAAAAAAAGCAUUAAAGAAAACUGGUACCGUAAUACACCGGUAGACAACAUCAGCAACAUGGCCUUGGCCGCAGAUGAUGAGGAAAUUGAUAGAAUUAUUAAGUUGUCUGGUUAUGAGGGUAACCUUGAUCCCAAGACUGAGGAAGAAUUAGUUCGUUAUUUUGGUGAUUUUCGAAAUUCUAAGGGUUUUGACAUUGAGAAUGAUGGUCCUUGGGUCGAACGGUGGAUGCACCCUGUUGAUCAUCUCCGGGGUCCGGAGGCUGCAACCAUUGAAAGGUGUGCUCGUAUUGCUGUUCAUCGUUACAAUAAGGGCAAGAAAAUUCUCAAGUUUGACAGGAUUGUCAAGGCAACUCUGGCUAUAGAAUGUCUUCGUGUUUACUUCAUAACCUUGGAGGCUAAAGAGGAAUCUAAAAAUGAGACAACAACUUACCAGGCCAGGGUAAAUUAUUAUAGUCAUAGGUAUCCUGAUGGUACAGGAUUUCGUGAAGGCUUUGAUGUGCAGAUUUUUAGGCCAAAAAAGCCACAACUAGAAGUUAAUAAAGUCAAGGAUCUUUUGGCCAUUUCGUUUUAUGAUGCUUCUGAUUUUCAGUUAUCCAAUCCUUCUAGCUAUCGAUGA